AUGUCCAGCCGAGAGGAUCUCGUUCCAUUGGAAAAGGUUGCAUUCUGCAUACACAAAACACUCAAGAACUACACGAUCAUCCAGGCACAAGGCAAGAAUCGUGGCUUGUUGGUCACACUGUUUCUCACCACCGAACAUGGAAACAUUGCAAUCCAUAAUCUCUACAACUACGAGCGAGCUGCAGAUAUCGAUGAGCUUAUUGAAGCCUGUCGCGACAAAACCUACGCGCACAUCAUAAUAGGCGACUUCAAUCUACGUCAUAAGGAUUGGGAGGGUCCGACCUGCAGGAAUCCACAUCCGGAGGCGAAUACACUUGUACAAAAGGCCGGGGCUAUUGGCAUGACCUGCGUCAACAAACCAGGCCACUUUACGUACUCUCGUGGUGAAUUCAAGACUCCAGGUAAUGAGUACAAGAGUGUUAUCGACUUGGCAUUCGUCAGCACUCUCCUUGUUGGCCAUGCCUCGCACGAUGUCUUGGAUGGCGUUUUCGAUUCAGACCACCGCCCCAUUCGAGUCACAUUGGAUCUUCGGGUGGAGCGUAGAAGAAACUACCGUUAUCUCUGGAGCGAAGUGACAAACGAAACUUUUGCAGACCUUGUGGAAAAAUUGGCUGCAGACAUGGACUGGACCGCACCCGAGUCUGAAUCUGCCGCAUUGCAGAUGUUGCAAGAUUUCAUCAUCAGAGUAUUGGACCCCGCCGUUCGCGACCUCGUACCACGUGAAUUGCUGAAUCAACCUCUGCCAGUGAACCAUCGUACCUGGACAAGUGUUGGUGUUCGGAUCAAGAAUUCUCGAAGCAGAAUUGUCAAGCUAAUGUCGGGACGACGCGGAGUUUGGUCUGUUGUCAAGCGAGCAGCUUGCUGGAGCAGACCUAAGCGUAUAGCUCAGACACCAGCCUUCGAACACAGAGGCAGGAUUUAUACAUCGGAUUCAGACAAGAACUCAGAGGAAAGGACCUGCCCGACCGUCAUCUCCGUCACCUCUGACCGCUCCUUCCCGCUCUUCGUCAGAGUCACAGCAAUUUGCAACAACACCAGCAUCCUCGACUGGAGAAUCACCAUGUAUGAGCCGUCGCACGUUGCACUAGACAAGCUUGAGAAAGACGAGCUCAAACGAAUUUUGAAGGAUCUACCCGACGGUAAAGCGUAUGGUACCGACAACAUUCCCUACGAGGCUCUCAAGAAGUGCCGCAAAGUCAUCGAACCUAUCUUGGAGACGAUCUUCAACGCAUUUUUACAAUUCCGUUUACAUCCGGACCAUUUCAAGGAGACAAUAACGUUCGUGAUACAAAAGCCGGGUAAGGAUGCUAAAGUGCCGACGUCAUAUCGUCCCAUCGCCAUACUGAACACCAUUGGCAAAGUGUACGAGCGAAUCAUUGCGAAUAGACUCAAAACCCUUGCGCAAACUCACAAUCUUCUUCCCGCUACCCAGUUUGGUGCUCCCGGACGAAAUACUACGUUGGCACUCGAGCAUCUGCUCAACGGCGUCUAUCGUGGAUGGCUGUGUAAAUCAAAGGUCAGUCUUCUUUCCUUGGAUCUCAGUGGUGCCUACGAUCAUGUCGAUCGUGAGCAACUUCUGGAUACGUUAAUCUCCAAAGGAAUUCCUGAUUGGUUGGUGCGAAUCGUCUGGUCUUUUCUAUCCAACCGCCGUAGCUUCAUUCAUAUGCCAGGUUUCGAAGGCGACGAAUACUGGAUCGAUGUCGGCAUCCCUCAAGGAAGCCCAUUGUCACCUCUACUAUUCCUAUUCUACUCCGCCCCUAUCCUUGCAAAGUUUGGUAAGGAAUACGGACCAGAAACAGUUGCCAUGUUUUCUUACGUGGAUGAUACCUAUGUCCUUGUCGGGACCGCGUCUUAUGGCCGUAAUUGCAAAAUUAUGUCUGAAAUACACGCAAAACUGUACGAAUGGGCCAGACAGAGGAAUUUACGAUUUUCUCCCGCAAAGUACAAAGUGAUGCACUUUGUAAACAAGAACGAGAGGGACUGGAAGCAGCACAUGAACUGUUCGGAUUUGCCCUCUGUACCAGGAUUCAGCAACAUGACGGGUGCGCAGAAGAAGAAGGUCCUGCCCAGUGAACUUGUUGUACUCGGUGUCACUCUUGACAAGUGUCUGACAUGGGUUGCAGUUGGAGCUGCUUUCGAAAAGAAGUGGGAGGAUAUCAAGAAGCGCAAAAUGAUGAUAAAGGAGUACUACGACGAGAUCGUACAUUAUGUUGCCAGUCUCCAAUGGAGAAAGUUUCGACAGAGACGAAAUUCCCACGAAAAGUUCAAGCAUCCCGCUUAUGAAGCAGCCUGGAUGGAUCAUUCCUUACGAUUUUAUAACGGACUUACCCGCGCGCAAAGCUCGAUUCUUAUCAUGAUGAGGACCGGAAACAUCGCGUUGUACGGCAAUCCCAUCCACCGGAUGGUCAAGGGCUCGAAAGAUUCGAUGUGCAGGCAAUGUGGUAUGCACCUGGAGACGUCUGAGCACCUGCUUUGCCAUUGCAAGAAGCUUCACAUGGAGAGACAGGCUCUCACCACUGCUGCCGGACACAACAAUUUCCAUCUCUUCAUGACCACCGAUUGCGACCUCGCAUCUGCUUGGGCAAUCCGUUAUUUUGGCCUUGAGCAGUUCAAGCAUGUCAAGGAUGACAAGAGGUAUCAGUUUCCUUUGAAACGCUCUAAUCGGCUUCGAUAG